CAAGUCAUUACUCUCUAUAACCCAAACCAAAUGGCCCCUUUCAAAAAGCCUUAUCAAACUUUUCACUACUUUCUACUUCUUAUGUCUUCUUCUUCUUCUUUCCUUCUUUCUUUCUAACCUUACUUGCCAAUACAAGAAGCAUCUGAUUAUUUUCCUCAUUAACAAAAGUUAUACAAAAAAUAUUCCAUAUGUUUUCUGCUCUUUAUAAAGUACUCUUUCAGAACUGUCCAUAGAGAAAAUUAAUAUUUCAAGAAUGAUCAGUUUCUUUAGAAGGAAAGUACCUCUUAUUCUACUCUUUUGGAUGGCUAUUAUAUUAAUAUCUAUUUUUGGUCAUUGUCAUGGUUCAAGAAGCAGCUCACAAGUAUUCAAUCCAAUAAAUAGCCAAAGUUACAAACAUGGCCAUUUUUGGAACUUAUUGCCAAAAAGAAUCCCAAUUCCAGCUUCUGGUCCAUCAAGAAAACAUAAUGACAUUGGUUUAAAGAGUACUUGGAGAUUACCAUGAAGAUUAUUGAAGAAAUUAAAUAGUGGGGUUUUUUUUGGUCAUGGGAGGGUACUACUAAUCUUUGUUAUCAAGGUGACACAUGCAUCUUCUUCUUCUUAAUUUCUUGUAUGAAUUAACACUUGUACAUUAUGGGUAAUUUCAAGGAACUUUUUUGUUUUUGUUUUU